AGUUGCAGAUAGCAUGCAGCAUCUUUUUUCCGCUGCUAAUAAUGCACAGACAGCAGUGGAGCUGCCUUCCCCACUAUUUAUAAACUCCACAGUGGGAGAACAGACCCCGGUGGCCAGCUAGAAAUAGUCUGGUACGACUUAUAGCAGGGUGCAUCGCAGCAGACUGAUGCCCCCUGCCACCUCUGGACUGGGCGUCUCAUGCAGAGAGGGCAUUGGGACUGGGGUGAACGAAAAAGAGAGAGAGUGUGCAAGAGAAAAAGAGAGAGAGAGAGCAGGGUAGACUUAUAGGAGAGGCUGUGAACGCAGCAGCGAGCUGACGAGUUGAAUCUAAAAAAAAAGCUGUAACACUUUCGCCUGCAAACGAAACAUCUUUUUCCAGCCAUCAGUGGAUCGCAAGGACGGCGUAGGAAAGCGAGAACAAUGUUUUCCGCCCUCUGUCCAUUGAGGUGCAUUUUCUGAUUCAAUGAAAUGAAGAUGACUGUGGUCAACCCCAUCCCUCUUGGCCUGAUGGACAGCUCCCAUCCCCAAUCUGUCCUCAGUCGUCUUAGCGAACAGCGUUCACAAGGUCUCUUUUGUGACGUAAUAAUAGUUGUGGAGGACGUCAAAUUUCGCGCUCACCGAAACAUUCUGGCAGCCACAAGCGGAUACUUUCACAAUGCUUUCAAAACACCUGACGUGUACACAUACAGCCAGGUGCUGGAGCUUACAGAUUUGAAAUCUGAAGUCUUUGCUAACAUCCUUAACUUUAUCUACAAUGCUAAAGUGGAGUCGAGCAGUGCAGAGGACAGCAAGUCUCUCGUGGCAGCCGGCAAGAGGUUAGGAAUUCCUUUUCUGGAGAAACUACUGGACUCUGAAAGGCAGAACUCAAGCCUGUUGCAAAGCCAAGCCUCUGCAAGUCAAGGAAGACCAAAAAGUCAAGCAAAGUUGGAAGACACUUGCAUGCUAAAAAAAGAGACCCUCAAGCCAGAGGAGUCAGACUGUUCCAAAGUACCGAGAAUCACCAAUGCUUUCUCCAUUACAGAGGUUGGAGCAGUGAACAACCCAUUCUCUGCCCUCGACCAAAGCAACAAAGUUAUAGAGGCAUUAAAAGAAGGCCAUCCUUCAUCCAGCCCCCAAUCUACAAACAUACCACCUGUAGACAGCGAACCUGGACAUACCUUAUCUGAGCACUCGUAUGCAGUGAGCCAGGGGCAAGAAUCUAAUGAUAUUAAAGAGAUUAAUCAUGGGAAUGUAAAAAAAGCUACCGUGCUUACUCUGGUUCAAGCUAAGACUUCAGUUAAUCAUAGACUUUGCCCCAUAAAGAAGCGGCUAAUACACAGUAAGGUCAUUCCACCCCUCUCAAAUGGUCAAGCACCAAACAUGCCCAGCACCAGUGUCACAUCUCCACAGGAAAAGGCUGCUGCUGCUGCCCCAGUAUCUUCCUCCGAGUUGUCCUCAGAUGGCACGCCAGAAUUACAAUCCAGCCUCAACCUGUUACCACCACUUGACGUUGCAACCCUUCAGGAUGCAGAGCCACCUCCUGUCAGUCCUCAGAAUACAACCAGUGUUGCAAUCUUCUGCUGUCAGCAAUGCCCCGAGACCUUUAGUGACUCAGCACUUCUCACCAUCCACAUGCAAAUACACAAGAGAUUUGUCAGUCAUUUGUUUUGCAAGUACUGCCAUAAAAAGUUUAUGCACCUGAAAAGGUUACGCAAUCAUGAGCAGGUUUGUGUGAAGUCUCUAAAAGGUCCAUCUGAGUUAGAAACAAACAAUAAAGAGUCUUCAAGGGUCCAUAUCCUCAAUGAUACACAAAACGCAAUUAACGUGCAACACUCUUUACCUCCACAAGAUCUUCACUUACCUUUAAGUUUGGACCCCACGUUGACCAGUCCACUCGAAAUGCCUCAGGAUCAAGUUAAUGGGACUGUAAACACUAAUAGUACUUCAAGAGUGUAUAAAUGUUCUGUAUGCAAACGUGCUUACGUGACCAUUUCCAGCCUAAAAAGACACGAGAAUGUACACUCAUGGCAUAGAGCUUAUCCUUGCCAUUACUGCAGCAAAGUUUUUGCUCUGGCUGAGUACCGCACCAAACACGAGAUCUGGCACACUGGGGACCGUCGGUACCAGUGCAUUUUCUGCUUGGAGACCUUCUUGACCUACUACAUCCUCAAGAAUCACCAGAAGUCUUUUCACGGCAUAGAUCCACGACUGGCUGUGAAUAAAAAAUCAGCAAACGGUGGACUCAAGAGUAGUGUCUACCCCAUAAAGCUCUACAGGCUUCUCCCAAUGACAUUCAGAAAGAAGCGUUAUAAGUCUUAUAGCCAAACAUACUCCGAAGGAAUCGAGAACCAUGAAGAUUCCUUUAGUGCACCGCUGGACAGCGGUUCACCUCAAGCUCUUUUUGAGAGUUCAGUGCCUGCUGUGAAUUCAGAUGUUGUCAGCGGUCAAUCAUUAUUCUCAAUGCCAGUGACAUUCAUGGCCACUCCGAAAAUGAUGGCUACAGAAAUGCCUCGUAUAAGUUUUGAAAAACCAUGUGACCAAAGCAUAGAAUUUCCUAUGCCUUCUGAGAAAGAUAAAUCUCAAAAACAUAUCUCUACUGAUUUUCAGAAAAAGUCUACCAUACCAGGAUUUGAUGGCAAAGGAUCACCGCUUUUCAGCUACAGAUUCACGGAUUCUUCAAAAGCAAUACAGAAAAACACAGGGUCCUUGCUUGUAACCCAUGGAAAUGACACACCUUCAACAGAGAAAAACACAGAAAACGGCACAGAUAUUCUUCCAUUUCACAACAUUCCAUCAGUCUGCUCCUUCGAAGGGUUGAGCAGGCUGAGUGAACUAUCAGCAGCAGCACAAACCAUUGAGGACAUGGCCAAUCAGCUGCUUCAGGCGAGGCCUGAAAGCAUAACACAAGAUCCAACACCUAGUGGAAAGACGGAAACAUACAUUGCCAAGCCUGCAUGUCCUGGUCCAUCAGUUGACAACCAGGUCCUCCCCCUCUGCCAAAUAACAGUGAAGAUUGGCAAUGAGGCAAUUGUUCGACGUAAAAUUAAAGGUUCAAAGCUGUUUCCAAAGAAAAGGAAGAGGAAAUGCUGGAGGCAAGAGGGCACAAGUCAAAGUAGUCCUGCAGAGGACAGUCUUGGAAGCCCAAGUUUACGUCUUAGAGCAGAAGUCACAACAUCGGUUGCAGAAAACGAAUCAUACGAUGACCCAAAUGACCCCGAAACUGACGAACUAUGGCGUCCCUAUUACACAUAUAAACCUAAAAAGAAAGGCAAGAAACUGCGAUGCAAACAGAAAAGGAUAAAAUCUAUGAGAUGCUAUACCAGGCCGCUGUCAGCAGAAGCAAAUGAAGACUUGCGCAAAACACAGUUUUCUCCAGAUAAGAACAUCUCAGCAGAGAAAUAUGAGGUUAGAAGGGAGCAAAGACAUGGCACCCAAAGGAAAGCUUUCCCGUGUCACAGCUGUGACAGCUCUUUUUCCAGCCAGACCUCCCUCAGCAUGCACAUCAUCAGCUGCCAUCAGCCAUGCUGCCGAAUAUGUGGUAAACAAUGCCCCCCUGAAGACACAUCUAGCACAGCUGGUCCCAAUGCAGAGGGCUGCGGUGAAUUGAUCUGCAAAAGCUGCUCAGAAGAUGGCUCCUGUUUUAACUACGAUGUGGCACCCCAUAGUCUGAGCACGGAAAAGCGCCACAGAUGUUCCUACUGCCCUCAACGGUUUCUUUACCUUGCCACCAAGAAAAGUCAUGAAAAGAAACACCUAGAGAAGUCAGGUAAAGGACACCAUUGCAGGUAUUGCUCAAAGGUUUGUAAAUCAGCACUGCUGUUGGAUGUGCAUGAAAGCAAGCACUUCCAGGCAAAAGAUGAAGAUCCUGACAUGAAAUGUAAAACAACCAUUUCAUGUCUUACAGGUAAAGAGCGCAAAAAGCAGUUCAAACUUGAGCCUUGGGAAAACACGUAUACCGGCUCUGAAUUCAAGCCAAAGAUUCGGGAACCCAUGGACAGAGAAACCAGGGGAAAUGAUCCUCUACUAACCAAUAUUUACAAGAAAACAUCUUUUCCUUUUGCAGCAGACAAGUCUUUCGCUUCCAUUUCAACAGAGAUAAAGAAGAGACCAUCCAAGAAGAAGAGCAUUUUGGACCGUUCUAAAGGAUUUGGAUUUGAGGGGCACAGAAGGGACUCUGUGGGGGCUGUGAUAUGGGGUCCACAGGAUAGAGUUCACAGUACAGGUACAACCAACUGAAAACUCUCUCCAUCUCUCACUCAAGACUGCCUGUAAUCAAAGGAACCUCCCUACAGUUGCCUAAGUCAGAGCAAUGCAUUUAUGUAAAGAGGAACCUCUUUUUCACACCCACAACAGGAAGGAAAUGCAUCCCCUGCUGAUGUCACAUAGUACACUGAAAUUAUGUAAAUGAGAGUGAUGUUUGAGAAAUGGAAAGAGCAAACAGAUGAAAUUAUUAGCAGAUUGACUUUAAAGUUGAGAGAACUUGUAAAAUGAAAAAAUAUAGUAUUUUUGUUCACUGACAUGAAGGACUAUUAGUAAUUUUCCAUGUUUUUCUAUGAGAAGAGACGUGGUUUUAUUUUUAUACGUUUUUAUUUGUCUAAGUCAGGGGGAUCUUCCCUAUGUCAUUGCUCAUUGUGUAUUCUAUGCAUCAAGUAAAAUGAACACCUAGCAGCACCUUAAAGUAAAAAUAACUGAUAAACGAUUGUACCUUUUUUAUAACACCAUCAUUAGCACCAUUUCAAUAUAGUCAUAUUAGUUGUUGCAUAAACACAUAAAUUAACAACUCUUGCUGAAAAUGAUUUCCAGAAUGUACUUAUGUUUCAACCUUCAACAAUAAAUUUUAAUAAAUGCAUUGAAAUAAAAUAAAACACACAAGACA